AUGUGUCUCAUCCAGCAGUCAGUGAUGAGAGAAAUGAUGUGUCUCAUCCAGCAGUCAGUGAUGAGAGAAAUGGUGUCUCAUCCAGCAGUCAGUGAUGAGAGAAAUGAUGUGUCUCAUCCAGCAGUCAGUGAUGAGAGAAAUGAUGUGUCUCAUCCAGCAGAUAAACUUCUUCGAUUAAAGUCUAUAUUUCGAAACAUCACUGACGAGGUCUUGGACACAAGGAAGGAUCGCAUCCUCUACUGUUCACGCAUUUGUGUCCAUCCUGACUAUAGCCAUCAAGGUGUUGCUAUUAACAUUGUAAAGCUGUGUCUGGAUCUUGGCACCAAGAAGGGUUUCACAUUGGUCUGUGCAGAAGCCAGCAGCUCCUUCAGUGAGAGAAUAUGUCUUCAUCUGGGGUGCAAGAAUCUCAGAACAGUAAAUGCAAACACCCUAGGGGACGGCAUCUACGAUUUGUCCCGCAUGAACUACAAGCUAUUCAAAAUUUUUACCAGACGUCUGGGACCUGACACACUAUUGUCAUCCAAGUUAUAAUCAGGAAUCAGACCACACUAACUAAUUAUUUGCCCCUCUUUAUAUACUGCAGUUUUAUAUUAAGUAAUGGCAAGGUAUUUUUUCUUGUCUGCAACAGGGUAUGUUUUGUUCAUUAAUCAUAUUUUAAUUCUUCAAAUGUGUUAAAUAACCUUCAUGCUGGACUACAUUACACUGGUAAAUAAUGGAAGUGACUUGAACCAGGUCAUUGAAUCUUAUCCUAUUAAUUAGUAGAGUUUUAGUUAGCCUUGACAUAGUAAAUGACUGACAGAACAAAAUUCUUGCAAAUUCACUGUUUAUGGUGGGAUUUUUACCUGUAAGAACUAUGCACAGUAUUUUAUUAUGAAUAACAAAAAAGGCACAAUACCGUGACUGGAAUGACACACAACCCGCACAUAAAAGAGAGAAGCUUACGACGACGUUUCGGUCCG